AUGUUCCGUUGCUCUCAGUGUGACAAGUCAUACCAGAGAAAAGCGCAUUUGCUGCGCCAUGAGUUCACUCGUACGUUCGGAAUGGAGUUCAUCGUACGAGAGGUUGCUCGGCGACACAGUAAAGCAUGUGCAAUCAAAUACAAUCAACAGCCUGCCCCGGCAGCCAAGCCAGGGCGGAAACGGCAGUCCUGCGAUCAAUGCUUUGCCACGAAAAGGGCGUGUGAUAAAUGCUCACCGUGCUCUCGUUGUCGUUCUCUCGGACAGCAAUGCACGUUUGAGUCGCAGGAUGAACCGUCAAUAGGAAGUCCCUGCUCGACUGACAUCUCAUUAUCGCCAUCAGUGCAACCGGCUACUCCACCAAAGGAGGGAUCGCAGUUUUCGUUCCUCCGUCAUUUUACUGACCCCUGUGUGGAAAGAGAUAGACUUGCAAUCGGAACAACAGCAGAAUGUUCUGUCCGAAGAAAUCUUGAAAGCCUCUAUUCUCACCUUGAAGAUGCGCUAGUACCACCCGAUCCUAUGGCAGUUAAUUUCGGUGACAUCCCAGGCACCGAUUUGUUCUUCCGUCCUCCGUUGAUCACGGAUGAAUAUUUUCCUACUGAUCUCCUAAGCUAUGGCCCUACAAAACUCUCAGAGCAGCUGCACGAAAUAAUGCUGGAACUGAUUGAGACCUCAAAAUCGAUGGGACUUGACGACACUGAGGAUCCACCGCUGCAACUCGAUAUUCCACAAUUGGCGCCACUGUUCACAGUAUCUAACGUUGCGAUCUACAUCUCUGUCUUUUUCCAUUCACUUUAUUGGCAUCUCCCCGUCGUGCAUUUUCCAACAUUCGACCCGGGCAACGUUUCCAACCCACUGCUGCUAUCAAUCUUUUUAACCGGUGCAACAUAUAGUAGCUCCUUAGACGAAGCGGCAUUAUUACCCAGGGUUCUCGACGUGGCCGAAGAGCAUGUAUUCCGGAAGAUCACCACGCUAUCAACACAGGUCGCUCCACCCACUCACGACCUCACACGGCAAACACCUACCAUCCAGCUCCUCCAAGCUGCGCUAAUCAUCGAAAUGCUCCAGUUCGGCCAAGAACGGAUUGAAACAAGACGCCGCAUUCGUAUCAUCCGGCACCCAAGCCUAGUAUCCCUUAUGCGUUGCCUCGGGAUCUUCCACCUGAAGCGGUCCGCUCCUCCCACAAUCUGCACUGGUGACGAUGGCAUAUGGAGAGCAUUAGUCACCGAGGAAGUCUGCAUACGGCUAGCUUCUUGGGUCUUCCUUGCAGAUGGUUUCCUUACAGUAUGCUUCAAAAACCGACCCACCAUCUCCAUCUUCGAGAUGGAGUGCCCCUUCCCAUGGAGGACAGAGCUAUGGGAAGCCGAAAAUGCAUCGGCCUUCAGUCGCAUCGCUGCAACUGAUGCUGCGAAGCUCCCCAUGCCUUCCGUGAGGGAAGCCAUCCGGCUGCUCCUCGAUAAUUCCGAAGCUGGGCCCGUAGCCUCCAGCUUUCCCCUGUCCGCAGAGCAUCUAUUAAUCAUGAUAUACGCGUUGAAUUCCCUCGCAUUCCUAGCCAGAACCGACUUCUUCGGCUCCGUGCCGCUGAAGAAAAUCAAAUCCGCCGCCACGAAAUGGAAGCAGAUCUGGAACUCCGUGUACCAGGAUACAAGCAACGACCAGAUACUGCCGCUGGGGUACCCGAAACACGCAGAAGAGCUUUGGCUGCUUCUCACGGCGAUGCUUGACAUCGCCACUGAGAAUUCCACGAAGCUCCCGUACCUCGACAACGCCGCGACAGAUGAUCUAGGAAAACUGAACGAAUUCAUUCAAUGGUGUUGUCGUGAUACAUAA